AUGGACGACAAACCGACCGCCGGCGAGGAGCACUACAGCCUCCGCUGGAACAACCACCAGGCGCAUCUGUUACGUUCUUUCGAAGCCCUGCUCCAUGCGGAGACGCUCGUGGACGUCACCCUCGUCUGCGCCGAACGCCGCGUCCGCGCUCACAAAGUGCUACUCGGUGCGUGUAGCCCGCUGUUUCGUCGGAUAUUCAGCGAAAACCCAUGCAAGCAUCCCGUGAUCGUGCUAAAGGACUUCCAAGGAUGGGAAGUGCAGGCGGUUGUGGAUUUCAUGUACCGCGGCGAGGUAUCAGUGGCGCAAGAACAGCUCGGUACUGUGAUACGUGCGGGGGAAUCGUUACAAGUGCGGGGCCUGGCUGACCAGGAUGUGUCUGAAGCGAUUGAAUCUGAAAGAUCGCCUGUUAACAGCCCGCCGACAGGGCCAGCAGCCGUGUCACCACCUGCGAGUCCUCACAGUCCCCAGCCCCGGCGUAAACAGGCAAGGCCUCGACGCCGUUCAGGAGAAUCAGAUACGCCCGAAAACUUGUCUAUGCGGCGGUCACCCAGUGGCUUGAAAGCUGUUCGACUAUCGCGAGGAAGGUCUCCACACAAACAAGAGCCUGAGGAGCCUGAAACAGAAGCCCCACCGCCACCGAGAAUGUUCCCACCGCACCAGGACAUGUUCCCGCCCGUGCCGCCAGGAGUAUCAGCGCUUUCCCUGACACCUCCUCACAGUAAGUAA